AUGGCACCUCAGAACUCGACGUUAAUCCAUCAUCAUCACGACGACGACGACGAUCUUCCAUCAGUUGCUACUUCAGAAAGACUUGCCACAAACAUGCGAGACUUGGUGAACAAUUACAGCCCGAUUUUGCGUCCCAAAUCGGCGGGAGAUCGACUUUCACAGUAUGCAAGCAGCAAACCGACAGUUGCCGGCAUUUACAUACCGCCAUCCACGCAAAAGAAAUCAAUAUUCACCAAAAAUACGAAAAAAACUACUUACGACGACGACGAUGAAGAGAAUAUCGAAUCUUGGUACGAAGGUGACAAUUUCGCCGAUGAAGACGACGACGAACAAGAAAUUCCCAUUUGGAUUCGUGGCGAGCCGCGUUUCGUUUCGGGCAUCACGAGUACGACGACCUGCAAUGACGUCAUCGCCGCCUUAAUUAACGACGAAAUCCAAAGUGGGCAGUACACGAAAAUGGAUGAAGUGCGAUAUGGCGUCGAUGAUUACGUGAUAACGGAACGAUGGCGCGACGUUGAAAGUGAAUUGGAUGGCAAUGAAGCAAUUUUACCGAUUUUUUUGGCAUGGGGCGAAGCGCAGAAGGAGAUGAAGUUCAAACUGAAGAUCAAUAAAAGGAAAAUGUUGGAAGGAAAAGUUCCGGAGAAAAAGUUGGAAAAGAAGGAAAAAAUGACGAUGGUUACGAAAUUGAUGCGACGCGUCUUGAAACAAGGCGAUUACAUCCAAAAACAUCUUUUUGUGCUAAAAGACGACAAAAAAGACGUCAAUCGUUAUACAAAAAAAUACAAUAAGCAACUUUUUUAUGAAAAUUAUCUCGCCCGGAACUCAAACGGGACAAUUUCGAGUGUCGUGCCUUCCGCUUGCAGCUCCAUUGAACGUCUUUAUUGCAAAUGUUGCGGAAAUGGCGCCAAAAAAAGUUUAAAAAUUACCGAUAAUUUACGCGUUCGCCCCUGCCCUGAACCAAAAAUGUUGGAAAAUGUCUCGUUGGAGCCUUUAGACGACAAAUUACGAGCUGGAGAUGUCUUUGAAGACAACGUUCGAACUGACGAUGAACUUUUAUUGGUGAUUGAAAACGAAGAUGACUCAAACGAAAUGUUUGUUGAUGACACAAUGAUCGUUGGGCAAGUCGACAAUGACAGCGGAAACGGUUCAAUUGGCAAAAACAGCGAAAAUCAAAGUGAAAAAGUCGCCGUUGAACCAAUUUCUGACUAUUCUUCGUCGUCUUCCGCAUCACAAGAAGAUAAAAUUACAGCAACUCCCAAACGGAAACAUCGCUCCUUGCGAGAAUACAACGAACUUCGUAAACAUUCCUUAAACCGACACUCGUUUCAUGUCGCAGAACCCUUGAAAUUCGAUGAGGAACGUUUCCGUAAAUCAAAUAAAAAUCGCAGCGACAAAUUUGACGGCUUGCGGUUCGAAAUAAUGCUAAAAAUGAGUGAAAUGAAGCAAUUAUUGGUGCGGGAAGAGAUGCUAAUUACCCAAAUUCAGAUGCAAUGCGCGAGAUAUCGGGCCGAAAAUGAACUUUACAACUCGAGACAAAGCGUGGAUGAGCUUCGGGUUGACGAGAUACAGAAAAAUUUGGAAAAAUUCGCACAAGAAAUUAUCGACAAUGAACAAGAACUCUUCGCUACGAAGCUGGAAGUUGAACAAAAAGCAAAAAUUAUACAAGAAUUGAAAAUUUUACUCGAAAAUGGAAGUUCUGAAGAAGAAAUUCGCAAAGAAAAACUCUUGUCGAAGGAAAAAAUCGAGGAAAAAGUAGAAAUUGAAGAAAUAAAAGAAGAAAAAUCGCAAAAAGAAGCCUCUCCUGUUGUAAUUCGUCGAAGAUGGUCGAUGGAAAGACUCGAAUUUAUCGAAAAUAUUUACGAAUUUUGUGACAAUAAUAAAAGUGUUUUGAUAUAAAAUUAAAUUUUUGAGAAAAAAAUUGUUA